AUGUAAAUAAACUAAACUGAUUCGUUCCCUUAUAAAAUCAAAAUGAACUUCUUCGAUAUUUUAUGUUUCCGGUGAUCGAUCCAGGAGGGUUUUGCUCUAAAUUUUCCGACAACGUGCUCGUCUGUACACACACAAACAAGGUUUCGUCACCGAAGUUAUUCCAAUAGAAUUGUAGAAGAAUGGGUCGUUCACGCGCAGUCAAUCACUCUGCAGAGGAGGAUUCUAGCCAGAGUCGAUCAAAGAGAAAGAGAACCACCUCAAAUCUAGAGAAUCUAGAGGCUGCAACUUCAGGCCAAGGGAUGAGUGAAGGGAAAAAGGCUUUGUACCAUUGUAACUACUGCAACAAGGACAUUUCAGGAAAGAUUCGUAUCAAAUGUGCUUGUUGCUCUGAUUUUGAUCUAUGUGUUGAGUGCUUUUCUGUUGGUGCUGAGGUUCAUCCUCAUAAAAGCAAUCAUUCAUAUAGAGUUAUGGAUAAUCUGUCAUUUCCUCUCUUCUGUUCUGAUUGGAAUGCAGAUGAAGAGAUCUUGCUACUUGAGGGGAUAGAAAUGUAUGGGCUAGCAAACUGGAAUGAAGUUGCUGAACAUGUUGGAACCAAAAGCAAAUCACAUUGUAUUGAACAUUAUAAUACCAUAUACAUGAAUUCACCUUGCUUCCCACUUCCGGACAUGUCUCAUGUUAUGGGAAAGAAUAGAGAAGAACUUCUUGCAAUGGCCAGAGGGCAUGGUGAAGCCAUAAAAGGACUCCCAACUGGAGGGGAACUUUUGGUGAAAGAAGAAUCUCCAUUUUCUGCAAGAAUCAAGGUUGAAGGUUCUAGCACUGUUAAUCCAUCAACAGGGGCAGGUAAGAGAACAUCAAGCAUUGUCCAAAGUGACAAAGGUGGUGAUGGAAUCAAAAUAGAAGAUUCUCAUGCAGACAGAAGCUUUGGAGAGAAAAAGCUAAGAACAUCAGUAGAAGAAGUCCCUUCUAUUACUGAAUUAACUGGCUAUAAUUUUAAGAGACAAGAAUUUGAAGUUGAGUAUGAUAAUGAUGCUGAACAAUUACUUGCUGACAUGGAAUUUAAGGAAACAGAUACUGAGGCUGAACGUGAACUUAAACUUCGUGUCUUGCGUAUAUACUCAAAAAGGCUAGAUGAGAGGAAACGCAGGAAAGACUUCAUUCUUGAAAGAAAUUUACUUUAUGCUGACCCUUUUGAACAGGGUCUUUCCCCUGAAGAAAAAGAAAUAUGUCGUCGAUACAGAGUCUUCAUGCGUUUUCAUACAAAAGAAGAACACCAAGAACUGCUUAAAACUGUUAUUGAAGAACACCGCAUUCGAAGACGAAUUGAGGAUCUACAGGAGGCACGAGCUGCUGGUUGUCGCACAUCUGCAGAUGCCGAAAGAUACAUCGAACAAAAGAGAAAAAGAGAAUCUGAAGAAAACGCCCGUAGAAUCAAUAAUAAUAGUAAUAACAAUAAUAUCAACAAUAUUAAUAAUAUCAAUAAUAAUAAUAGUAAUAGUAAUAUACAGCCUGGCCCUAGUGGCAAAUUCUUGCAAAGAGCAAAUCAUUUGAAAAGUGAUCUUGAUGGCAGUCCGCAUGGCGGAAAAGAUUCUUCUUCGACAGGUGGAGGGUUGGCCAUCGCCAGCCUGGACGAUUGGGAUGUUACCGGUCAUUUGGGCGCUGAUUUACUCAACGAAGCUGAAAAGCGGUUGUGCACGGAGAUCAGGGUGCUUCCAGUACAUUAUUUGAGUAUGUUGGAGAAGCUUUCUAUAGAGAUUUUGAAUGGUCAUAUAUCUCAAAAGUCGGAUGCGCAUCGCUUGUUUAAUGUGGACCCCACUAAGGUUGAUAGAGUGUAUGACAUGCUUUUAAAGAAGGGAAUUGGUCAACCAUGAGACCCAUAUUGGGUCGACCCACGGGCUGUUAUUUAUGGGUGUGGACUACAACCUUUGUGUGGUUUUUGUAAGUUAAUUCUUUUUGAAGGUUAUUGAUUGUGAUAUAUGAAUUAUAUGUAUUUAACGAGUCAAUGGCUUAGAAUCAUAUACUACAAUUUCAAUACAGGAUGUUAGUAAAAAGUUGCUUUUUUUUUGAUCA